CGUGUCGUCGCCGCGCCCCGCCCGCCCGCCGCGCCGGGCCCGCCCUCCUGGCGUAGCCCUGGGCCCUCCCGGAGCUAUUUUGAAAGUGACCCUGGGCUCGGGCGCCCGGGGCGCGUGGAGAGGGCGCGGCGGGCGGCGGGAACCAUGACAGAAGAUGACCGAGGCAGCGCUGGUGGAGGGCCAGGUCAAGCUGCGGGACGGCAAGAAGUGGAAGAGUAGGUGGCUGGUGCUGCGCAAGCCAUCGCCGGUGGCAGAUUGCCUGCUGAUGCUGGUCUACAAGGACAGGUGUGAACGCUCCAAGGGUCUGCGGGAGCGCAGCAGCCUCACCCUGGAGGACAUCUGUGGCCUGGAGCCUGCCCUGCCCUAUGAGGGCCUGGCCCACACUCUGGCCAUCAUUUGCCUGUCCCAGGCUGUCAUGCUGGGCUUUGACAGCCAUGAGGCCAUGUGUGCGUGGGACACCCGUAUCCGCUACGCACUGGGCGAAGUGCAUAGGUUCCAUGUGACGGUAGCCCCUGGUACCAAGCUGGAGAGUGGCCCAGCCACUCUCCACCUCUGCAACGACAUCCUCGUCCUGGCCAGAGACAUCCCUCCAGCUGUCAUGGGGCAGUGGAAACUGUCUGAUCUCCGCCGCUAUGGGGCUGUGCCAAAUGGAUUCAUCUUCGAAGGCGGGACCAGGUGUGGGUACUGGGCUGGAGUCUUCUUCUUGUCCUCAGGUGAGGGAGAGCAGAUCAGCUUUCUGUUUGACUGCAUUGUCCGAGGCAUCUCCCCGACCAAAGGCCCGUUUGGGCUUCGGCCAGUUCUCCCAGACCUGAGCCCUGGAGGGCCCUCAGCCUCAGAGGAGCGAGUUGCCCAGGAAGCACUGGAAGCCUUGCAGCUGGAGAAACGACUUAGCCUGCUUUCACACUCUGGCCGGCCAGGCAGUGGAGGGGAUGAUCGAAGCCUGUCCAGUUCCUCUUCCGAGGCCAGCCACUCAGACAUCAGUGCCAGCAGCCGGCUCACUGCAUGGCCGGAACAGUCCUCGUCCUCAGCCAGCACAUCACAGGAAGGGCCAGGGUUGGUGGCUACCCAGGGUCCAGGAGAAGCCAUGCUGGGAGCCUCAAGGCCACCCCUCAAACCACUGCGGCCUCGACAGUUACAGGAAGUUGGCCGCCAGAGCUCCUCUGACAGUGGCAUUGCCACAGGCAGCCACUCCUCCUACUCUGGCAGCUUCUCAUCCUAUGCUGGCAGCAGCCUGGACGUGUGGCGGGCUGGAGAGGAGUUUGGUUCUCUGCUUAGCCUGCCUCCUGGAGCCAGCGCACCUGAGCCCAGACUAUGUGCCUGCCCACCGGGGGUGGCUGAGUACCAGGUGCCCACCUCAUUACGACGCCACUACGAUACGCCUCGAAGCCUGCGCCAGGCCCCCAGAGACCCAAGCCCCGCCUCCCAGGGUGGCUCUGAUGCUUCUCAGGGUGGCUCUGACCACAGCUCAGCCACGGACUUAGGUGGCCAGGCGCCCGCCUCCAGUUGCCUGGGAGCUCGACGACGGGGACAGGCAACAGAAGGCCCGGGCAGUGAAACCACGCUGCCCAGUCCAUCCCCUGGCGAGUCCUGGGAAGCAGGCAGCCCCCAUGCAGGGCCACCUCCAGCUUUCUUUUUGUCAUGUUCAGUCUGUGGCGGACUCAAGGUCAUGGCUACGUCAACCCCUGGACUCACUGUGACAUAUCCAGGAUCUCCAGGGCCCAAGGCUGUUGACAGCCCAGGGCUGGAACGACCACGUAGCGAGCCGCCCACCUAUGUGAACAUCCCCAUCAGCCCUACCUCUCGACUGCAGCUGCACUACAUGGGUCUGGAGUUCCCAGGGGCCAGUGGGAGUGUGCGAGGGGCCAGCUCUUCCCGCUAUGCCCAGAUUGACAUCAUGGCUACAGAGACAGCACAUCGCGUGGGGACCCGGCAUGCACAGACCCGGGAAGAACGACUACCAGAGCUGGAGCAGCGGAAGAAAGGGCCCUGAGGCUGCAGCCCA